AUGAACCCCCAGGCUCUUGAAUUGCUGCAACAUCCCAAAGCUUUUGAAGAUUCCGGAACAAAGCACAGAUACUGUCUGAGAGAGUUGCUGUUAUCUUUGAGGAGCUGGCAUGAUUCUGCUUUACAAGUUCUUCAAACUGGGUAUAGGUCUGUUUGGACAGGAAGAUAUUGUGGAGCUUUGCGGAGGAGCACACACAACUCUGGCCAACUCUUUAGAGAUAUCUUCACCAACCGGAAUAGGCUUUGGUCUUUUUCUUUCCGGUUUGCAGAUUUGCUCAGAGAGAGUGGGAGUGGAAGAUCUUCAAAGGAAGACUUUAGCACUUUACUUGCCAAACUACAGUCUUCAAAAAUAGCUUCAGUGCCAACCACUUUUAAUGUCACAGUCUCCAAUGGUAUUCAGAAAAAUUCAAGGUUCAAUUCGAGGGUUAUGAGUCUAGAUACUUGUGCGGAGGCUGAGGUACAGGAAGCUUAUGACAGGGAAGAUGAGGAUGGAAAUUCACUGUUGAUCAAGGGGGAACGCUCUGAUUUUGAUAUCCAAGAUCAUGAAGCUGUUGCAGGGAAAGAAUAUGAUGCAACUGAUAAAGAGACAGAGUAUCCCAUUUUAUCUGAAAACCAAGUCAUCAAAGAUUUGGAAGACAGAAACGAUAAAUACAGCCAAAAGAGUGUUGAAACAACUCAAAGUGGAUACGUCAGUGAUCCUGGAAUUAGCAAAGCUGAUUUGUGGACUUGCUCAAAGUUCAAGAGACACUUCUCUAACCUUGAAAAGUUUGAUGAGCAUGGAAAGAAAACUCAUCAUUCACCAGCUUUAAAGUCAAAGCCUUCUGAGAAUUUUGUGGAUUUAUCAGAAAUGAGCCCUAGGUCAGUAAUGAGUCACUACAGUGCUGAUAGUGUAAUGUUGAAAAGGCACUCUUCAAGUCAGGUGCUUCCUUCCGGAAGAAAAAAAUUGUGGUGGAAGAUGAUCUUGUGGAGCCACAGGAGCAUAACUUUCCCAAGCAAUUCAACACUUCCUGCUAGUGCUGCUUUAAAUAGUGGGUACUCUUCAGACACCCUUGAACCAAAACAUGGAAAGACAUUGAGGCCUGCGAAAUCUUCUGGUUCAAUUACGACGGAAUCCUUUAACAAAAGCAGAACUGGUAAAAAUAUAGAUAAUCAAAGGGGGAGCAGGUUUCAAAGUGACCAAUGGAUUGCUUUCUCCACAGAAUCAUCCUCUUUUGCCAGAGUGGAUGCAUGGGUAAAAAGUCUUGAAAUUCAGCAACUACUUCCUGAGGAUGAUUUUGAUGUUGACAAUGCCAGAAGCAUUGCCUUCCCACCUUCUCCUGAUACCGGUGGAACAAUGAUGAGAGCCACAUCUAAGUUGACUUAUCCAGAUGCCAAUGUUUCAAAAGAAACUUUGACUGCCAUUAAUGUAGUCAAGUCUCUAAAUCCAGCUUCAACUAUCGCUCACAUAUGUGGUAUUGGUGUAAAAGCCAUCCCUGGUAUAUCACACUUAUCCAAUCUCCGCUCUGUCAACCUGUCAAACAAUUUCAUAGUUCACAUCUCACCAGGAUUUCUACCAAAGGGUAUUCAAACACUUAACUUGUCAAGAAACAAGAUCAGCACUCUUGACGGCCUCAGAGAACUGACCAAGUUGAGGGUACUUGACCUAAGUUACAACCGCAUCUCGAGAAUUGGACAAGGUUUGUCAAGUUGUACACUUGUCAAAGAACUAUAUCUUGUGGGGAACAAGAUAAGUGACGCUGAAGGGCUACACAGGCUAUUGAAGCUAACAGUUCUAGACUUGAGCUUCAAUAAGAUCACAACAACAAAAGCAUUAGGCCAGCUAGUGGCUAACUACAACUCACUUAAGGCCCUUAAUCUGCUUGGAAAUCCGAUUCAAAAGAACAUCAGUCAUGACCAGCUAAGUAAAGCAGUUUCUGGUCUUCUUCCAAAGUUGGUGUACCUGAACAAGCAACCUUUUAAGGAUCAUAGGACACGCGAAAUAUUAAGUAACAGUGUUGCCAGAGCUGCCCUUGGGAACAGCACGCGGAGCUGUGACAAAAGAUCAAUAAGAAGACUUGGCCAUGGAGGAUCAAGUUUUUCUAAAGGGUAUAGAAGAAGUGCAAGUGUUUCCCACAAAAACAUGAACGGAACAAGGAGGUGA